AUGCGCCAGACUCUUCGCCUUCCCCUGCCCAACAGCGCCAGCGUCCGCCGCCUGCCCACCCUCGCUCGCCUCCCUCGCGCCUCGCCCGCUCCCCGCCACCUCGCCGUGCGCACCCUCUCGACGACGCCCGCCACCAUGUCGCUCUUCCGCUCCUCGCCCCUCUUUGGCUUCCCCGACUUUGACACGUUCCCCUCGUUCUUUGGCGGCGGCGGCCUGCGCAGCUCGGGCUUCCCCUCGAGCCUGCUCACCUCGGGCGGCGGCCCCGCGUCCGACUUUUUCCGCAACGACAACAUGUGGAGCGGCCCCAGGAUCGACGUCCACGAGACGGAGCGCAGCUACGAGGUCGUCGCCGAGCUGCCGGGCUGCAAGCGCGAAGACAUCCGCGUCUCGUCGGACCCGGACCGCAGGAGGCUGACGAUCGAGGGCCAGAUCAGGUCCGAGUACUCGAGCGGCACCGCGGCCCCCGCCCCCGCCGCCGCCGGAGCCGAGGGUGAAGGCCAGGCCAAGGAGGCGACCACCGCUCCCGCCGCCAAGACUGAGCAGGCAAGGGAGGUGGCCACGCAGUCCGCCACCGAGGGCCGCCUGGCCACUCCGCUCGUCCAGGAGCGCGUUUUCGGCAGCUUCUCGCGCUCCUUUACCCUGCCCACCAACGCCAACCUGGCCGACGACAAGGCGCUCAAGGCGCGCUUCCAGGACGGCCUGCUCAAGCUCGAGAUCCCCAAGAAGUCGGAGGAGAUCUCAAAGACGCGCCAGAUCACCAUCGAGUGA